AUGUCGCUGAUCUCCGCUCGUUUGGCCUCCUCCGUGGCCAGGCGUCUGCCUAAUGCGGCGUCUCAGGUAUCGAAGGUCGCGGCUCCCGCGGCUGCCGUCGCGUCGCGCAAGCUGCACGUAUCAUGCCCACAGCGUGCUGCCGAAAUCUCCACCAUCCUUGAGGAGAGAAUCCUCGGUGCUGCACCAAAGGCUGAUUUGGAAGAGACUGGCCGUGUGUUGAGCAUCGGUGACGGUAUUGCCCGUGUGUAUGGUCUUAAGAACAUCCAGGCCGAGGAGAUGGUGGAAUUCUCCUCAGGUCUUAAGGGAAUGGCCCUGAACUUGGAGCCCGACAAUGUGGGUGUGGUAGUGUUUGGUAAUGACAAGCUGAUCAAAGAAGGAGACAUUGUGAAGCGUACUGGUGCCAUCGUAGACGUGCCCGUAGGUGAUCAACUUUUGGGUCGUGUAGUGGAUGCCUUGGGUAACGCCAUUGACGGCAAAGGCCCUGUUGACACAAAGUCGCGUAUGCGCGUCGGUGUUAAGGCUCCCGGUAUCAUCCCUCGUGUGUCUGUACGCGAGCCCAUGCAGACUGGUAUUAAGGCUGUUGACUCCUUGGUACCCAUUGGGCGUGGUCAACGUGAGUUGAUCAUUGGUGACCGUCAGACUGGCAAGACCGCUCUUGCUAUUGACACCAUCAUCAACCAGCAGCGCUUCAACAAGGGCCAGGAUGAAAAGAAGAAGCUCUACUGCAUUUACGUCGCCAUCGGUCAGAAGAGAUCGACCGUUGCGCAAAUUGUGAAGAGGCUGACUGAUGCUGGUGCAAUCAAUUACACCAUCAUUGUGUGCGCUACUGCUUCGGAUGCUGCUCCCCUGCAGUACCUUGCCCCUUACUCGGGCUGUGCCAUGGGAGAGUAUUUCCGUGAUGCCGGCAAGCACGCCCUAAUCAUCUACGACGACUUGUCCAAACAGGCUGUGGCCUACCGUCAGAUGUCUCUUCUGCUGCGUCGUCCCCCAGGUCGUGAGGCCUACCCCGGUGAUGUAUUCUACCUCCACUCACGUCUGCUUGAGCGUGCCGCUAAAAUGUCUGACAAGAUGGGUGGCGGCUCCCUGACCGCUCUGCCCGUCAUCGAGACCCAGGCCGGUGACGUAUCUGCGUACAUUCCAACCAACGUGAUUUCUAUCACCGAUGGCCAGAUCUUCUUGGAAACUGAGCUGUUCUACAAGGGUAUCCGCCCCGCUAUCAACGUCGGUCUGUCCGUGUCUCGUGUAGGCUCCGCUGCUCAGACCAAGGCCAUGAAGCAGGUUGCAGGUUCUAUGAAGCUCGAGUUGGCCCAAUACCGUGAGGUCGCUGCUUUCGCUCAGUUCGGCUCCGACUUGGAUGCGGCCACUCAGCAGCUGCUUAACCGUGGCCAACGUCUUACUGAGUUGCUCAAGCAAGGACAGUAUGUGCCAAUGGCCAUUGAAGAACAGGUUGCCAUCAUCUACUGCGGUGUCCGUGGUCACUUGGACAAACUUGACCCAGCAAAGAUCACCACUUUUGAAAAGGAGUUCACUCAACACAUCAAGACAACCCAGCAGAGCCUCUUGGCCACAAUUGCGAAAGACGGACAAAUCACACCCGAGUCUGAUGCUGCUCUCAAGAAAGUCGUCACUGACUUCAUGGCCACCUUCACCCAGUCGCAG